UUUCCUUUUCCAUAACUGACUUCUCUUUUGCUUCCUCUUCUUCACCUUACUAUUCAAAGAUCAGAUUCAGGAGAUUCAAGCUGGAUCUUCUGGAGGUUCAUUGGCUGGCGAUACGGCAUCACCAUUGCGCGAAGAUGCUGCCACCAGUGGCGGUAGUCCAUCGGUGACGUCAACCAAUCAGCUGAGCGCAUUCAUGAACAUGGCCACCAAUCCGCUAAUGUGGAAUGCAAUGUUAGUAAAUUCUUCAACUCAUGGCUCUGCUUUUUCUCUCAAUGAUGGCCAAUGUGUUUCGAUGCUGAUGAAAAUGGCUCUUGAUCUUGAUCUCACUUUAUCAUACCAUAAGCGGAGGGGCGACAUAGAACUUUGUUUUGAGAGCAACCGAACGGCUGAAAAAAGCGGAGGGCGAGGCAAGGUUCUCUGCCUUUCAGAUAUGGGCAGAGAGAUAAGAGUUAUCGAAAGGGUGAACGGAACGCCAACUGACACAGAAAUGUGGACCAAAACCGAUUUCAAUCAGUUCCAUUGGGCAAUCCGUGGAAAGUGUCAAAAAGUACUGGUGAAAGGCUAG